UUGACAAUUAAUAAUGUUGUGAAAUAACCUCAAAACUGUUUUGAAGAAAGUCUCUGUUUAAAAAUAUGAUGAAAGUUUUUUGAAUUACUAUCUAUACAAGACUUACUAUUGCCACUUGAGAUGGGUGCUUUAGUGUCAAGGGCGUUGCGGCCCAUAAAAUCGUUUAACAUUGAAAAUAGAGCGCACCGAGUGAUAUCAAAAGAAAAACCUGAGGUUGCGCCAAGGUAUCCUUCCAAUGUAGAAGAUUUGCAGAGGGUGCAGGAAGCUAUACCUGAUAUUGACGAAAAGAUUGUGAAAAAGGAUCUGGGGCUCGACGAGAGAUUGAAAGAUGUUUAUGUAACAUCCAAGGGAACACCGGAGGAUGACAUUACACGGCUGAAAAAAGAACAGAACCCCAACCGUCCUCUACCUAAAGACAGGAAUAUUAUAGAAGACUUCGAUUUCGGCCUCAAAGAGCCAGAAUCGAUCCCGUACGGACGAACGACUUUACGACAAGCGAUAGAGUACAUUUCAUCACACCAAUUGAAUCCUGAAGAGGUAACCGCAGCUAAAAUAGCAUAUGAAUACAAAUUAAAAGAAUCCGACGUAGAACAUAUACUUAAAUAUUUUAGAACUUUCGAAAUAUAUGUACCCGAAACUAAAACAAGCAAAGCAACUUUUGCUGGACCAACCACAAUGAGAAAACGUUUAAUGGAGCAAUCGGUUGGAAAGAUUGAGGGUAAAAAAGAUACACCAGAAGAUGCUAAUGUUGAGAAAGAAAAGGAUAAGAUGAAAAAUGUUUCAUAAGUUUCAUAAAGAAUUUCCAAAUGAGGUGGAUAGAAAAAGGUUGUUUUUGGAUUCAAAAGGUCUGAAGACAGAGUUAUUUUUGAAGACUCUGGAUAAACUGCAAUCUAUAAAGAAGGCACAAUCUAUACCAAUAUAGAAUAAUUACUUAAUUUAUUAGCUGUUGUUUAGUUAAAUUUAUACCUCAUCAUUAUAUUGUAAUCCUUUUAAUUUAUUCUACCUUUAUUUUGGUAAUGAUUCAAACAUUAAAAACAACUUCUAUAUAUAAUCUAAAUUUAACUAGAUAAGGCAUAGAAGAUCUUUAUAUUUAUUUUUUUGAAUGGUAAAACGAAAUAAUAUAUGAAUUUACUCUAAUUUUCCCAUUAUAUAUAUGACCCAUAAAAUAUUGGGUCAAAUACAAAAUAUAUACUAAAAAAAGUAAUAAUAAUUGUUUGAUGUUUGUUACAUACAAAGAAAUAUCUUAUCAAGUUUCCUGAUAAAUAUGCUACAUGAAUAUCAAAAAUUUCAAUGACAAAUAAAUUAAAAAAUAGUUCAAUUUGCUCCAUGUUCAUAUAACAUUUAGUUUAAAUGCAAUGAUUUUGCUUUUAUGCCUUAUUCAUCUAGUUUGUUAUGAGUGGGAAAUUUCCUUUGCAGGUUGUUAUUCAGAAUGAAAUUUAAGAUAUAUAUAUUAUAAGAGCGCUAGUACAAUGUUAUUUUUAGAAUACAUGUUAAGUCAUGAAAUGUGAUGUAGUUAUAGAAUAAAUAAAUAAAUUAUC